AGAACAUGCAAACUCCAUGCAGAAAGGCCCUUGUUUCAACCGGGGCUCGAACCCGGGUCUUCUCGCUGCAAGGCGAGAGUGCUAACCACUACACCACCGUGUGGCCCUUUAUGUAUUUAUACUGUUGUUAAUUCAAUUUAGCUGAAAAUAUAAAGAAAAGAUCUUUCCGUAGCCGACACUUAAAGUGACGAGACAAACCCUCCUAACGUGUAGAUGAUAAAGUGUGCACUCAUAAAACACGUCCAUCAUUUCCAUAGUAAUCUAACCAAAUGUGGAUGGAGACGUGACGCUCCUCCAGUUCACUUCCUCUUCACUUCAGCUGCUCUUCAGGAGACACUCACAGCGAUGCUGGAACCCUGGGAAUUUCUUGUCAUUGUUCAGCUGUCUUUGGCAGCGCGAAUUACCGCCGGUAAGUUCAACGUUAUUAAAAGGUUCUUUUAAUAAUGGAGAUCUGAAUUUGAGCCAUAUUGUGUUUUUUUGUUUUGUAAAAAGACUUGAAGUCAUGAAACAUCUGCUUACAUGGAGGCAUGUCUGUGACAGUGACAUUUUAAAUGGAGCCAACAAAAGACAUUUUAAUUUUUAGUACAUCUAAAGAUUAAUCUGAUCAUCAGAUGAGAAAACAUUUUACAUGAAUGGUUAAGAAUGUGCCGAGUGUUUCCUGUAUUUACAGAUUGGAGUGCUCCAAGGAACCCUGAUGGAAACAGGACAUAUCAUGAGAUGAUUCCACCAAGGUUUGACCGACCACUGUCUCCAGAUACUCCAGAUGCUGGGAAGUGGCUGAUAGAUCCUGACAGAAACUCCACAUUUAAACGAGGUAGUCGUAUCUCCCAGGAUGCCCUUCCAUUUUAUUUGACUCACUCUGAGAGUUUAAGCCACAACGACACACUCAAGACAGAAAAAACGUCUAACCAGCGACCUGUGACCGCCAGAGAACACGAUUAUGAACCCAGACACGAGAUUAUAGUUAUUAUGGAAGAAGAUCCUGCAGUGAUGGAGUCGGCCGUUUACCUGUACGCGAGGCAACCCGGUGUAUCUGCUCUGCUGAGGUACAAGAAGGGGGCGCUGCAUGUUCUCAGAGGAAGACAUUUCCUCCCCACUGGAAAUCCUAAUGUCAUUCUGGUUGGCCAUGGCGGCACAGAAGGAGGCUCAGCCCAGCUGGGUGGUCACAGCUCAGAGGAACUUGCCAUUUUUGUGUCCGUCUUAAAAACCCACAGCAUCUUGGGUCAUCUCAGCACCAUCAGCCUCAUCAGUUGCAACCUUGGAAAUGAGCUAGACUUUGUGCUGCAGCUUCUACAAGUUCUCCGGUCUCUGGGUGUAAAAACAAAGCUGCACCUGUAUAACUCCUUCCUGUCGGUUAGCCCUGAUGGAGAGAUGAUGACAACAGCUGACGGAGUCUGGAGGUCUCAUGACCUCAGCAGGAGAGUCACAGCUGAACUGGACCACAGAGGGGAUCUGUUGACCAGGGUGGAGCUUGGCUGUGCAGGCCCCGUGUUCCCGGACUAUGAAGGCCAUGUGUUGUAUCUUCAGAUGUUUGAUUGGCCGAGACACCCUCAAAUGUUUGUUCCAAUGGAGCUGCGGAAAAAAUAUCCAUCCAUAGAGUGCCUGGAGGGUCUUACCUGGAGCUUGUUCUUUGAGGAGAGUGAAAGACGACGUGCUCCCGACUAUGUCCUGGACCACGGUCAAAGACACAUGGAGGCAAUAUGGCUCAUAGAACCAGGACUCAAAGAACAAGAAAGCAUCGUCUUUAAGCAUAUUGUUACCAUCCAGGACCUUCUUGUGGAGAUAAGAUACCAUGCCCGAGAAGAAGUUGCAUCAGGCCUUUUUUAUGUCCUCAAUGAUUGCAUUUACAAAGUACACAGAAAGAGUCUCAGAGUAACUGUCGUAGGCAAGUUUAUAAGCACUGAAAAUGUGGCAGAGAUCGAUUAUUUCCUUCUGAAUUUCAACAGGCAGCAGAACGAGUCCUCGCUUCAGGAGCUCAGAGAGGGGCUCAAAGCAUCCAAAUUCAACGACUUCUGUCGACAGACGUUCCAGUACCAACAGUGCAGCUAUAACUGCGAGCGAUGGGGCCGCUACUUCAUGGUGGCAGUGUUUUCGGCAUCCGUGCGCAACUUCAGAACCUUCUCGCUGUUUCUCAUGAGCGUCAUAGGCUGCGAGGUGGGCCGCUUGCGGGGGACCGACAGCCGCCUAUGCACGGCGUUCGUCGAGGACGACCACCCCAUGGUUACAGAGCAACCGUGGCCCGAUCACAUGCGGCGAGGAUUCUACGGCUGCGCGGUUGACAACUACGGCACGGCCCCGCAAAACAUUCAGAUUUGGUUGGAUCAGGUGGUCUCGAAGGAAAACGCGCUGUACAUCAAGUCCAAGCAGAUCAUGAACACGGUCGACCACGACGAGCAAACAGAACUGGCCAUAUUCGGGAAGGUCAAAGUCAUGAAUAAGUACGUGUUCUCUUCUUAUCUGGAAUUCUUUCGUGGGACACCUGAAGGGAGGAAGCUCAAGAGAGGAUGCACUCCCACUUUCCAAUGA